CAUAGAUACCUGAGAGUUGAUGGUCAAAGCUGAUUAGCUGGGGCUAUAAGGCAGGAUAGCCCUGGACGUGCAGGGUUUGAGGAGGUGGGCGUGUUCUCCAGGCUCUCAAAGGUCCUGCAUUGUUCAACUGUGCCUGACACGGACCCCAGUGUCAUUUCUGGUUCCCUCCUCUAGGUAUGCACAACCUUCACUGCAGAGCACGCCACGCAUGGUCACAUCAAGAUGCACCAUGCCUACACCAACGUGGUGGGCCUGGGGGACUCCAGCACGUGGAGGCUGCCUUAUCUCAACCGCUAUGUCUACAUGUUCCUUGCUCCUUUCCUCCUCCCCAUCGCCACUCCACUGGUGGCUGUUGCACAUUGGCUGCCCAUGUUCUCCCGGGACAACAAGCCCCGCCGGAUACAUGUGAUGAGCCUGAGGGCACUUAACCUGGCCCAGGUGCCUGUGCUGGACUGGGCAUUCGGCCACUCGAUCAUCAGCUGCCACAUGGAACAACACCUCUUCCCCAGGCUCUCUGAUAACAUGUGUCUGAAGGUGAAGCCCGUGGUGUCCCAGUUCCUCCAUGAGAAGCAGCUACCGUACAACGAGGACUCGUACCUGGCUCGCUUCCGGCUGUUUCUCCGUCGCUAUGAGGAAUUCAUGGUGCAGGCCCCACCUAUCACUGAGCUCGGGGGGCUGCAAUGAGGCCGGGCCAGUGCAGCCACCCCGUCCCUCCCUGGCCCAGCCCUGGCCCUCCUGCUCCUGUUGGCCCAGGGGGUGUGGCUCAGUGGCUGGUGGUGGACCUGGAGAGUGGAGGCUCCAGGCAGGCAGGGGGGCAGGGGAGCUCAGGCCUGGGGUCCGGGGGCCACCUGCCUUGCGUGCUUUUCUGGGUUUUGAGGCGUGUCUGGGGGAGGUGGUAAUGGUGGCUGUGCAUUCUGGUCAGUUGGGACCUCGGCAACUUCAUCUCAGGACUAAAGAGCUGGGUCCUUCCCCCUGCUCCAUCCUUGGUAGGACUAAGGGGAGGUGACAAGGUGAGUGAGGAGGGAUACUGUGCAGGGGCCACCUGGGAGACAGCAGGGGGCACAGAGAGAUCAGGGUCAGUUCCCUCGGCUGG